AUGAAUCAUGUCAUUAUAUUUUUCUUUUUGCUCAUUAAUUAUGGUAAAAAAGCAAUAGGCACAGAAACUCAUGGAAUAAACAUAAAUAAUAAAAACGAAAAUGAAGAAAACGAAAUUGAGGAAAAAUGGAGACUUUACCAAUUAGAAACGAACCCAUUUAUUGAUUUAAAGCACCCGAAUUUUAAUGGCGAUUUUAUUAGAUGUAUCGAUGAAUAUUACAUUUAUGAGACAAAGGAAUAUAAUGCUUAUAAAAAGGAAAGAUUUAAGAAUAUAAAAAAUUAUAAAUCAUUUGAAAAGAAACAGUUCAAUUGUGCAUUAAAUUUAUUCGUCCAUGGAAGACCAAAUUCAAGAAAUUCAAAUGAUUAUAAAAUAUGGAGUGCUUCAGCAAACAUAAUAAAACAUGAAGCAAUGUUAAAAAAAAAGUAUAGUAAAUACAUUAUCUAUACUCCAUUUAUUAGUCUUUCAAAUUUUCUAGGCGCAGAAGGUUUAUAUACACAUCUUAAUUAUGCUUUUCUGUUGUCAAAUAGAUUUUCCUUAACCCUUAAAAAUAUGUUAGAAGACGACACGUGUGCUGAUUAUGACAUUUUUAUUCAUUCGCAUUGUUAUGGUGCUAAUAUAGUUCGAUUAAUGUUUACCUUAGAUAAAAAUAUAUGGGAGUUAUUAAACACAUCUUUCGUUAACUUAACAUAUGAAAGGGAAGUAUUAUCCAUAUUAGAUGACAAUUUUAAAUUAACAUUAAAAGAUAUCAAUAUAGUUACAGAUAAAAGUAAUAUACAGUAUAGAAAAGAUCCUUACUUUAAAACAAAUAAAUAUUAUUUAUAUAAAUCUUUUCAACCAAAAUUAAAUAAAAAAAAAUUAACUGAAUAUUUUGAUGAUAUAUUUGAUGAUUAUAAUGUGAAGUAUGAUGUUUUAAAAGAUACAAAUAAUGUCACAAAGUCAUUGAAAGAAAAUAUAGAUUCCAUUGCCAAUAUUGUAGAUCAAUCAGGUGGUUAUAGUGAAGAAAAUGUAGAAGAAGAUCAAGAGGAUAAAGAGGAAUCGGAUAGUGAUGAUGAUUUUUUUUUUGUACAAAAAACGAAAAAUCUAUUUCAUAAGCCCAUCGAAAAACAAGUUAAUAGAUCCAUGAAAAGAUUACAUAAAUACUUGCUAAAUAAGAAGUUUAAUUUGUUAAGUAUAACUUCAACAGGACCACCAUUGUGUGGUAUAGUAUCGAAUAUGGAAGAUAUACGAGUUGGUCAUCAGAAAUUAAUGAAAUAUAAAUUUUUAUUUAAGAAUAUGCCAUCCUUUUUAAGAGGUAAACUGAUGAAAACAAGAGAUGGUCAAGAAUUAUUACAUGUGGUAAACCCUGGAUUAUUAUGCACUAUGGCUGUAAAUGAGAAAAUAAAUUAUAAUUAUGAUAAAGAUGAAGGAUCCUUAAUUUCUUAUUUUCAAAAUGUAAACUAUUAUUCUGAUUUAGAUAAUGAUGAACUUAUGAGUAUGCACACAAGUUUAGGAUUACAUUCUACAUUACAUAUGAGAUCAUUAAGUUAUUAUAUUUUGAAUUUUAGAAAUGAAUAUUAUCAUCGUACAUAUAGCAUCCCUGUACAUUUGUCAAACAUUAAUGUAUCAAAUAAUUAUGCAUUUUUUGAAUAUAUAAAAAAAAAUAAUGUAUGUUCUCAAAUUAAACAAAGUAAUAUAGAAAAAUUCGUUUCUUAUUUGAAUGAAGUUAUAAAUUAUGAUCAGAAACCAACGCCAUAUAUUCCGCAUAGACAUGUUUAUAAAAAUCCAUUUUUAGAACACUAUGUUAUACCUUACAUGCAAGAAAAUAAUAUAUACACUCCACAUUCCAUAUUAGGAACAGGUAGAACUUGUCUUUUACUUUUUUCCUAUGACAUAUAUAAGCACAUUGCAAUGACAGGAUUUAGUGAUAAAAAUGUUAUUAAAAAUGAUUUAGAUUAUUUAUAUGAUGCAGAUCCUUUUAUUUAUUACAACUGGUUGACAUAUAUUGGAAAUCAAAAUAAUAUAGAUAGUAACAAAUUUACUCAAGAUGUAUAUGUGUAUUCAGACAAUAUAAAUAUGAACCUUGUGAAUAAUCUUAUAAAUGUUUUUGCGUCAACUCAUUAUGUUAAAUUUUUUAUAUUUAGCAAAAAUAAUACUGCGAAUAUAUAUAGAAACUUGAACAAAACUCUUAAGUCCUUUUCUUUACCCACGAAUAAAAUUGUUUUGAGAAGACAACAAGAAAAUAAAAUUAAUUUUCCCUUACUAAAAAAUACUGAAUUUCAUCAUGAAGAAAAUGUUAUAUAUGAGUAUAUAAGUAGAUAUACGAAUUUUUUAAAAAACUUUUCCUACCAUAAUUCUUUUGAAUAUAUUACAAAUGAACAUUUUAUUCUUAACCAUAAGACAUUUAAACAGUAUCACAAGGGACAUGUUGAUAAUUUAAAAAAUGAAAUAAAAAAAGCCCAUAAAUUUAUUCAAGAAAAUCAAACCUUUACUGAUAUGAAGCAUAAACUAAGUGAUAUGUAUAAUAUUGAAAAUACACCUAACAGUAAUGAAAGAGAAAAUGAAACUAAUGAGGAAUUAGGCGAUCUUUCAACAUUUGGGGCUACGAAUACAUUUGAAGGAAAUUCUUCAAGUAGUGGAAGUUACACUAGUCUUCAUAAUAUGGGCAGUGAGUAUAUUACGUAUGAUGGAAUUUAUUUACAUAUUAAAAGAUCUAAAACACUUAGGGAAGCUUUUCGUUUUAUGGCUUCCUAUAAUGAUAUGUGUGAAAAUGUACAAUAUAUAGAAUUUGUAAUGAAAAGUUCAGCAUAUAAUGAUAUAGAAGAACAUUUAAGUAAUUUGGACGAAGUAAAUACAUGCCUAUUUAACAAAAAUGAAGAUAUCGAACUUAGCUAUAUAUCAAAAUUUUGUAAUUAUGACCAACAGGCAUAUUUUCAUAUAAAAAAAUUGUAUACUUCUCGAAGAAUAUACGUUUUGAAAUCUUUAAAAAACUGUAAUCAUCCAAAAUACAGACAUUUAAAAUUAUGUGAAAAUACUAUUCUUCUCAAAACAUUCUUCGAUAAUGAUAUAAAUGUAACUCUUUCCAAAUUACACGAUCGAGAAAAAACAAGAAUGGUUGAAAUGAGGAAUGCAAUAGAAAAAAAUAUUAGCCAAUCGGAUAUUCUCUCCAUCAGUAAUGACUCCUUAGCAGCUGUAUUUCAUAACAAAAAUGAAGACAUAACCAAUUUUAAAAUAAACGUAUGUUUUAUUAUCCCUCAAAGAGCACGUAUACAAAAUUUAUUUUCCACCUAUACUGAUAAGAAAUCAUCUCAAAAAGAAACAGGAUUGGGGGGGGGAUCAUCAUCUUUAAGGAGUCAAACAGAAAGUAACAUUACUUUCAGCAAUCGUGAUAACACUAGCAACAAUAGUGGAAGUACUACCACAUUGGCCAGUAGUAUCAGUGGAGAUAAUGAUAGACGGAGUAGCAUGGGAAGUGUCCACAGUCUUGAAAGUAUUGACAGUUUUGGCGAAAGAAAUGCUGACAGAAUCGAUUUUGGAUUUGAUAUGAAUAACUACAUGGGAAUGGGAAGCAAUAAAAGUUUAGGCAGUGAGAAGAAAACGGGAAGCAAUACAAGUUUAGGUAGUGAGAAGAAAACGGGAAGUAAUACAAGUUUAGGCAGUGAGAAGAAAACGGGAAGUAAUACAAGUUUAGGCAGUGAGAAGAAAACGAGAAGCAAUACAAGUUUAGGCAGUGGAAUGAAAAUGGGAAGCUAUACAAGGUUAGGAAAAAACAAUAACACUGGUGAUUCCGUGUUCUGCACUCAAGUGACAUUACCAGUUUUACUGAGAAGCAGCAUCAUGAAAAGCAUCCAUGAUAUUUACAUUAGAGCCAUUCGAAAUAUCAUGAAAAAUAGUAAAUUUAGAAAGGCCUUCAAUUUAAGGGAUGGGGAAGAAUGGUACGAAUCUUUCAUUUACUUCUUUGACAAAUUCGCAUAUGUUUAUGAUAAAAGGAAUAAUUAUGAACGUGCAGGUGAUAUAAAAACGUUUAAUACACCACAAAAUAUUAAAUGGAAUUAUUUCUAUUAUUUGUUAAAACAUGAUUCGAGAACGAAUUACAACAAUGAGAGCUUUCUGAAAAAGUUCUUUUACGGAAAAGAAUCACAUUUGGUGAAACCACAAAAGGAUAAUGUUUUAAAGGAGUUUCUAACUCAUUUUACUAUAUUCCUUUAUCUCUUCAAGAUGGACUAA